GUAGCCAAUUAAGAUUAAGUAAAAGAAGGAGAAUUGCAUAGUAACAUGAUCAUAUUUAAUAGGAAAGAAUGCAAAAAUUAAAACGUGACAAGAAAUGAAAGUACAAGAGGAAGUAUGAACAGAGCGGGUUUAGUUUAGAUUUAUUUAACUACAGCUGUGAACAUGUCUAAUGAGACGGAGGAUAAAACUAAACAAAAUAAUGAACGUGAUAUGGGUAGCAAAGACCUUAUUGUACCCACUGAAUUUGGUGCCGGGUUGAUAACAACUAUAUGUCUGACUGUACUUGUAAUGGUUAACCUUAUCUUUACUUUCUUCUUCUACCGCGCAUGGAAGAAAAGACAGGAAGUGCGUCGAAGACAAAGCGCGAUUGAAAUGAACACCAAUAAUUCAUACAGUGCACUUGAGCGCAUGCCCGGACAUGUUUACUCCGACGUCCGGGAUUCAAGUAUAAGCUUACAGUCUGGAAGAUACGCAACAAUCCAAUCUGUAACGAAAGCAAAGGAACCAGAAAUUUCUAAAGAAAGUGGGCCACCGCUCAGAGCAGUUAAAAGGGACAGAUUGAAAACUCUGACAACACUAUUUUCAUUGCACUCGAAUGAUGUUAAUCGCACAGUUUCAAGACUGAAAGCCAUUGAAACGGGUGUUCGAUGAGUUUCGAUGGUCAUUGUAAUACUAGUACUUUAUUUGACUAUGCAUAUCCUAAAUAUAGUGAAUAAAAACAUUUGUUGAGUGAUAAA